GAUGCAUUUGGUUUCAUAUAAUAAAAGGCGAACUUGAAAAUUUCCCGGACAAAAUUGGCCAUUUUCACGUAAUCGUCAAGCAAAACGAAUACUUUCAAUUCAUCGGAGGCUCGGCGAAUUCCAUUGGUGUACGAGUUUGAUGAUCAAAGAUUCUUGAUCGUCGUUCUAUUUUCGUUGUGUUGCUCUAGAUGGGGAUUUCUUUCCCAUCGUGGGCGACGGCGAAUUUCAAAACCCUAAUCAAAUUUCUUUAUGCCCUGAACUGAUUCCUCUCGUAAUUUGAUCAUUCUGACGCGUUGUUACCUGCAGUACCAGCCAUGUUUACGUGGAACAUAGCGAAGACGGCGGAGGCGAUGUUCUCGAAAUUCGCCGUCAAGAGGUUGUGCAAGUUUUUACUGAAAAAGAAAUUGGGGCAGUUUUUAUUGGGGGAAAUUGAUAUCGAUCAGCUGGAUGUGCAGCUUGCUGACGGCACAAUUCAGCUCAGCGACUUGGCGCUUAACGUUGAUUUUCUCAAUGAGAAGGUUGGCACAGCAGCUUUGGUUACUUUCAAAGAAGGAUCUAUUGGGUCUUUAUUAAUUAGAAUGCCAUGGACGAGUAGAGGCUGUGAGGUAGAAAUCAAUGGUUUGGAGCUUGUGCUUUCACCAUGCUUGAGUAAUGAUCGUAUGGAUUGUUGUGGAACUUCUAGUGGUGGUCAUAAAAACCAUAAUGAGUCGAGAAAGUCAGAGCAUUAUGUUGCAAAAAGUGCUGUAAAAUCUACCUAUGGGGAUAUCCAUGAAGGUGUAAAGACUGUUGCGAAGAUGGUGAAAGGGCUGCUUGCAAGCUUUCACGUGAAGAUAAUAAACUUGAUAGUUGCAUUUGAUUCUUUUUAUGAUGAAAGCAAAAAUAAAACAGGAUUGGAUACCACACUUGUUCUUCGGAUUUCAGAUGUAGAAUGCGGAACUUGUGUUACAGAGGAUGGUAAAUUGGAUAUGGAUGCAGCUGAAAGCUUUCUUGGAAUAAGUCAACUGAGUAAUUUUGUAAAGUUUCAAGGGGCAAUGGUCGAGUUUCUUCACAUGGAUGAUUGUGACAAUCCAAAAUCCAUUUCAUGUAUGUCUGCAGGAACAUCUGCUGAAAUGGCAUUAGACCAUGUGCCAUCAAAUGUUACCAUUCCAGUUCUGACAGGUGGAGUAGGGGGAUUUUCAGGUAACCUGAAAUUAUGUAUACCUUUGAGGGAUGGUUCCUUAGACAUUUAUAGAGUGGAUGGGGAUCUUUUCAUUGAUCCUGUACAGGUAAAACUUCAACCUAGAUCAAUCAAAUGUUUUUUAGUUUUAUCUGAAGCGUAUUGGAAUUCCGACAAGCAUGGUGAUGGACAUGGAUGCAAACAUAAUAAGUUGAAUGAAUCUGGUUACUUUGAUCGGGCAUCUCACGACCAUUCAUUUACGCUAGCUUCUGCUGAAAGGACUCCUGAUGAAACCUCCUCGCCCCAUUGUGGUGGAAUUCUGCCUGGCUCUCAUCUUAUAUCAAAUUGGGUGCCAUCCUCUGUCAAACAUAGAGAGAAAGAAAAAGUUGAAGAAGAAUUUGACUUCGGAGCAAGUGUGGACCAGUUUUUUGAAUGCUUAGAUGAAAUAAGAAGUUCCCAGUCUGCUUUAGGCAGCAGUGGGGUGUGGAACUCUGUUUUUAGUGCAAUCACUGCUGCGUCCAGCCUUGCUUCUGGAUCUUUACCCAUUCCUUGUGAUACAGAAUUGCAGCCUGUUGAAACAAACCUUAGGGCAACUAUCUCUGGAAUUUCUGUCGUUAUUUCCUUCCAUGAUGACAAUCAGCAUCAUUCCACUGACCCUGAGAAAGUACAGAUCAAAACUGACUCAGAGGUUCAUUUUGUGGCUGCUAAAUUCAGUGAUAUCCAUCUUCUUAUGCAGGUAUCUCAAAAAACGAGUUUUCAAGGAACUAUCAAGCAUAUUGAGGUUGCUGAUUAUUUGAACUGCAAAAAUUAUGCCUCAAAAUCUGACUUCCACAAUAGUAACAGUGACUUCCAGACACUUCUGACGAAGCAUCUGCAAGUGGAUGUUAUAGGUGCUCUCCCUCCAUUUAAUUUUUCAGCUGAAGAUCCUAAUAAUGUGGAAUCAAAUAGUUCAUUCAAUAUGGAUUUUCCAUGUGAAAACAAGGACAAUGUUACAAAAAUUACAUUGCUGAAAACGUAUGACAUCACUUCGUCCCAGUUGAAUGUGAUCUCUAGUUCUUCUGGUGAUAAUAGUACUAUGUCAAAAUCAUUUUCAUUGAAUCUACCACCCUUCAUUUUCUGGGUGAACUAUACUUUGGUAAACAUGCUACUGGAUUUACUAAGGGGUGUUGCAAACUGUAUACCUGGUGAUAACAACCACAAGUGCUUUAAGGAUAACUAUGUAUCGGAUCACAAGAAUGUCAAAAGCGGCUGUAAUCAAGUUACAGCUUUGUCUUCAUCUGCAAGCGUGCAGGGAAAUAUAAUAAUCGCCAAGGCAAGGGUAAUAUUCUGUUUCCCAUUUGAAAGUGACAAGGACUUUAUGGGCUACUCUUCCUGGGAUCAAUUUAUUGCUCUUGAUUUUUAUUCCCCUCCAAUCACAAAGGAGGAAACAAUUCACAGUGGUAACUUGGCGCUGCAGAAAAGUUAUUUUUCAGAAAAAAAUGCUUUGCAUUUCAGAUUUGGUAGUCUUGGGGUUUUCUUGGUCACUUCUGAUGAAGAGAUAAAACAGGGCAGCACAUGCAACGUGCAAAGGAAAAAAUUUUCAGCUCAUAACAUUUUGUCUGCCUCCAACAGAACAAAUGCUUCUUCUUUAACAUUUUUUUGGCAGGAAGGUCAUGUCACAGGUCCAUGGAUUGCAAAGAAGGCCAAGUCAUUAGCUAGUCUAGAGGAAUCAGAAAGCAGGUGUAAGUUCAUUGGAAAAGAUUACGAGUUUGCUUCCGUUGCUAAUAUGAAAGAUAUGGAGGAGUCUAACUUGCAGACUCGACAAGAAAUGAUUUUGAGCUCCACAUCAGUGUUGCAUGUGUUUCUCCCUCUUGUCAGAAUCGAUGCUGGUGCUGUUCAAUAUAAAGUCUUUAAUUAUCUUUUAGAUCAGUUGAUAAAAGGAUUGUCAAGUGAUACUUGUGAUGCAGUUGAUGUUACAAAAGGAUCCGUAACAUCUCAAAAAUCUAUUGUAGUUGAUUGCAAUUGUGUAGAAAUUUCCAUUAGGCCAGAUUCAAAUGAGAGUGCUAAGUGCUCUUUGCAGAGAGAACUUCCUGGAUCGUGGUAUCAUCUAAGACUGGUAAUUCAAAACUUCGAACUAAUCUCAGUCUCCGACCUUGGAAGUAUCGAGGGUGCCAAUUUCUUUUGGCUAUCCCAUGGAGAAGGACAAUUGCUGGGUUUCAUAUCUGAAGAUCCUGAUCAGGAGUUUCGUUUGAUCUCAUGUAGCAACUCUAACAUGAAGCGUGGGGAUGGGGAAGGUUCAAAUGCUUUAUCUUCAAGGUUAGCUGGUUGUGAUAUUGUGCAUAUGUGGGAUCCCGAGUGCUUACAGGAUUUUUCUUCUAUAACAAUAAGAUGUGCAACAAUUCUGGCUAUAGGUGGUCGAUUGGAUUGGUUAGAUGUCAUCUGCUCCUUUUUCCUUUUGCCCUCUUCUCCAGUUGAACCAGAAGGUGACGAGGUUAUGCCCAGAGAGAAUACAAAAAAGUCUUCAGGGUCUAAUUUUUUUCUUAACUUUGUUGAUGUUGGGUUGAGCUAUCAACCGUACUUGAAGAAUUUGCUAGGCAACAGCAGACUCUCUCGAACAGAAUCCAGUUCUUCAACCAUCAAACAAGAGUUGGAUGAUGAUUAUGUUGCUUGCCUGCUGGCUGCAUCUUCAGUAACACUAUCAAGUUCUAGUGUGGCAGAUACAGUUGAAGAUAAUUUCAGAAUCACAAUACAAGAUAUUGGACUUCUUCUAUGUAGUGUCUCUGAUUAUGAGCAUGUUUUUAAUGCUUACAAUGUUGAAGAUCUGCGCAAGGGAGGCUGGGUUAAGGUUGCCAGGGAGACAUUUAUUGAAGCAAUAUUGAGAACUAACUGUGAUAAUGGCCUCAAGUGGGAGUUAGAAUGUCACAAAGCCCACGUUUUCGUGGAAACAUGCAAUGACACUACUACUGGUCUGGUACGUUUGGCUGCUCAACUUCAGCAACUAUUUGCCCCUGAUCUUGAGGAAUCGAUUGUUCAUUUGCAGACAAGAUGGAAUAAUGUCCAACAAGCACAAGAGAGAAAGGAGAUUGACAAUGAAUCAUCUUCUCCUCCAUGUCACAAUCCAUCAGUUAAACAAAGUGAAACUGGGUUAAUGGAUGAAAUAUGUGAAGAUGCGUUUCUAUUAAAUAAAAACCAAACCAGAGAAUGUGAUUGUUUUUCAUCCACUGAAGGUCUUCAUACUGAGGUAUGCAGGUUGAAUUCUGAGGUUCAUGAAACUUCUUCUCCCAUUCAUUCCUUCAUUGGCUCAGAGCCUGAUGGUCAAACAUCUUUCAUACAAUACCGCAAGUUUCCUGAAAUAAUAGAAGGAUAUUGCCUGUCUGAGUUUCGUCCUGUAUCAGAUCUAACAAUGGGCCAAGAAUUACCUCCCGAUAUUUGUAAUUCCAGGAAUUCUAGUAGUAUAGAUCUUGAAGGACGAAGAAGUGGAUGGUACGGGAACUUGCCUAUAAAAAUUCUUGAAAACCACAUUUUAGAUGCAAGUAAAGUUGAACACUCGGUAACCGAUGAUCUUUGUUCUAUCGAGAGCAAAAGACUUGAUGAGGUUGAAGAGGCAUGUGGACGUGUACUUCUUAAUAAUAUCGAUUUGAAAUGGAGAAUGUAUGCUGGUUCUGAUUGGCAAGUUUCUAGAGAGAAUGGUGAUCGACCAAUGAGUAUGGUUAAAAGAGAUCAACACACAUGUCUAGAGCUUGCAUUAUCUGCCAUGCAUGUUCAAUAUGAUGUUUUUCCUAUGGGUGGAAUGUGUGUAUCUAGACUUUCACUUUCCGUUCAAGAUUUUCAUCUUUAUGACAGCAGUGUAGAUGCACCUUGGAAGCUGGUACUGGGAUAUUACAAUUCAAAGAAUCAUCCUCGUAAGUCUUCGUCAAAAGCAUUCAAGCUUGACUUAGAAGCUAUUAGACCAGAUCCUUUGAUCCCUCUUGAGGAAUACCGGUUGCGUGUUGGUUUUCUGCCUAUGCUAUUGCAUCUUCAUCAAUGCCAACUUGAUUUUCUUGUUAAUUUUUUUGGGGGAAAAAGUUCAUCAGGAAACCAGUCUGGUCAUUCACUUGAUUCAGAUGGGUCAAAAACUAUUUCUACGACCAAAAGUGAUGCUGGGCUUACUUUGGCAGAGGAGGCAUUGCUUCCUUAUUUUCAGAAGUUUGACAUACAACCAAUUGUAGUCCGUGUUGAUUACAGUCCAAGUCGUGUUGAUUUGGCUGCGUUAAGAGGUGGGAAGUACGUUGAACUUGUAAAUCUGGUUCCUUGGAAGGGGGUUGAGCUACACCUUAAGCAUGUGCAGGCUGUUGGAGUCUAUGGUUGGGGCAGUGUAUGUGAAACAGUGGUAGGGGAAUGGCUGGAAGAUAUUUCUCAUAAUCAGAUUCGUAAAAUACUGGAGGGCCUUCCUACAGUCAGGUCAUUAGUUGCUGUUGGCUCUGGUGCCUCAAAACUCUUGUCUUCUCCAGUUGAGAGCUACAAAAAGGAUCGAAGAAUAUUAAAGGGGAUGCAAAGAGGUACUAUUGCAUUUCUCAGAAGUAUUUCCCUUGAAGCUAUUGGACUAGGGGUACACUUGGCUGCUGGGGCUCAUGACAUUUUGCUCCAGGCGGAAUAUAUACUCACUACUGUUCCUCCUUCAGUGAAAGUACGGCAUAAGACAAAGGCUAAUGUAAGAUCCAAUCAACCUAAGGAUGCUCAAGAAGGACUGAAAAAGGCUUAUGAAAGCAUUAGUGAUGGCCUUGGGAAGUCUGCCUCUGCCUUGGUUCGGACUCCCUUGAAAAAGUAUCAACGUGGAGGCAGUACAGUGUCUGCUCUCGCAACUGCUGUUCAAGCAAUUCCAGCUGCCGCAAUAGCUCCAGCUUCUGCAUGUGCAAGCGCCAUACAUUACACUUUUCUUGGCUUGAGAAAUAGCCUUGAUCCCGAGCGCAAAAGAGAAUCCAUGGAGAAAUAUUUAGGUCCUACAGACUCGUGGGAACAGAAUUGAUGUGGCCAUGGGUGACUACCUACUGGAUAAAGUUUAAGCUUAAUUUCCCAUGGAAUCAUGAUUGCCGUCUCAGUCAUUGCAUUGUGCCUCGCCUGUAAAAAGAUCGUGACACGCUCUUUUCAUAUUGAAGAUGGACCUGGUGUAAAUAUGUACAGAAAGAGUCUCGUAGGGCAUUCUUUCCCCGUUCGAUGUAGAAGACGGAGAUUUGUACAUGAAUCUUGAAAUUUUUUCGUACUGAUAGUGAUUAAGUUUGGUAAUUAUUUAUACCCUACUUUAUUCUUUGAGGAUUGAGCAAAUGUAUCUAGUUUUCUAAUUUGUGCAUAGCCCUGUAAAUACUUGAUGAUUUGUUUUCCAAGAUGUGCAUAGUUUUGUAAAUAUUUGAUCAUUUGCUUUCCAA